AUGGUAACGAGUGUAGAUCAUGAUCAAAAUUCCGGUUCCAUCGGGGAAAGUCAAGUAUGGGGUGAUCUCACAAAUUUAGAUAACAUUGAUGGGAGUAGCAAAAGAAACUUAGAUAUGAAUUCUUUGAAUCGGAACCAAGUAAUUAAUGAAGGAGGAGUAGUGCUUGUGAAUGGAAAACCAAGUCGAGGUGGGCUUAUGAUUAAAAGUGGAAAAAAUAUUAAAAAUGGAAAAGGUAAAGGUGGAAAAUAUCGUGAUUCUCAUCAUGAAAUACACAUAUGGAAUGAGAGAGAAAGGAGAAAGAAAAUAAGGAACAUGUUUGCUAGCCUUCAUGCUUUGCUUCCAGAUCUGCCCUCUAAGGUUGAUAAGUCAACCAUUGUGGAUGCAGCAGUGAAAGAAAUAAAAAAUUUACAACAGAUUCUUGAAAAUCUAGAAAAGAAGAAGAAAGACAAGCUUAGAUCUAUGUCCCCAUUUGUGAGUGAGUCUUCAUUUGUGAUAAACUCCCAAUUGAAUUCAUAUGAAUCAACGAAAACUAUCAUAAUUGAUCAGGGGUCCUAUAGUUAUAAUAAUAAAUUUCCGAUUAGUGUAAAUGAAAGUUCAAAUAUGUUAUCGCUUUAUGCACCUCCACCGAAACAAGUAGCUUUUCAAACUUGGUCUUCUAAAAAAACUGUAUUGAACAUUUGUGGUGGCGAAGCACAAUUCUGCAUAUGUGCAACUAAGAAGCAGGGGGCUUGA